AUGGCCAAAACGUUAGCACAAGGUAGAAAACCUGGAAGUGGUAGAAAGCCAGGGAAAGGCAAGACUUUAAGAGAGGGACGUAAACCUGGUAGUGGUCGUAAGAGAAGAGAUGGGAACAUUAGCAAUGAAAACCAUCUGAUACAUUCAAACGAUACUGUGACUAGUACUGUGAAUUCUAGCCGAAAUGGAAGCGUUUCCAAUGCAUUUACUGAACAAGAUUUAGAAGCUUUACAAGCGUUAAACUCAUUGAACAAAAGCUCUACCUCACCUCGAAGCACUAGUGCCAAUACAAGUGCCACAAACAUCCUACCAAGUAUACAAAUGAAUACUGAUUCCAAUAGUAACAAUAUGUUUCCAAAUGCACACAAUGUAUUUUUAAAUGAAAACACAUCUAAUAAUAAUACAGAAAACAGUAUUACAACAAACUCGGGCCUAAAUAUACACUCUAGCAUACAUAUGAGUAAUUCACUAUCUAAUGGGAGUACAAGUACUAAUGCAACAAAUGGUAGCCAGACUCCCAAUGGGUCGGCCAAUAUACAAUUACCUUUACCAAUACCGAUAAAUAAUGGUAUGUAUGGCAUCAAUCCUAGUUCCAAUUCUAAUGUAAUAAUGAAUAAUAUUCCAAUGAAUAUUAUCAACACCCCUAUAAACCUUAAUAACACAUCUUCAGGAAAUAAUAUAAAUAUAAGCAGUAGCAGUAGGAAUAAUAGUAUUACUGUAUCUUCUUCAACUAUGAAUAAUGCUGAUUUAAAUAUGAAUAUGAUGAUGGGUAUACCCAUGAAUAUUAAUAUGAUUCCUAUACAAACUUCAACUACCACAUAUAUUGAAAGUGCUAAGAAAAUCAAAAAGGGAGACACUGUUUUUGAUAAUAAGACAACGGGAAAUAGCGUCAAUAGCGUCAAUAGCAAAGAUAUUUUCAAAAAUCUGACGCCCAACUUUCCCAAGUUUAACCGUAGUUCUACACCAUGA